GGAAUUGAAUUGGCUGAGGUUUGAAUUUCACUUCUGUCUUCUAUCAGUCUUGUGACUUUUUUUGUUGAGUCAUUAACAAACGACGCUAUUAAGGUGCUCUCAAACUCAUAACGCGAUCAGAAGACUGUAGGCUAUUCGAAACAAGACUGAGAAUCUGUGCUGUCAAAAUGCUGGUCAACAUAGGCCUAUUGGUUGCUGUGCUGAGCGUUGUCAGAACAUCAGUGGCUGUCACAGACUCUUCAUUGGAUCUGCAUUGGCAAUUAUGGAAGAAAACCCACAGCAAAGUCUACUGGAACGAGGUGGAGGAUGUCAUGCGAAGGGAGCUAUGGGAGAAAAAUCUGCGACUAAUAUCCAGGCACAAUCUAGAAGCUUCCAUGGGAAUGCACACGUAUGAUCUGGCAAUGAACCACAUGGGAGACCUGACCACCCUGGAGGUUCUGCAGCGUCUCGCCCUGCUGCGCGUCCCCCCAGGGCUCAGGCGGGACACCUCGGCCUUCGUAGGUGUGUCUGGUGGCCCUGUCCCAGACUCUGUCGACUGGAGGCAGAAGGGCUACGUCACUGGUGUCAAGAUGCAGGGCUCCUGUGGCUCCUGCUGGGCCUUCAGUGCUGUGGGAGCCCUGGAGGGUCAGCUGAUGAAGACCACGGGGAAGAUAGUGGACCUGAGCCCCCAGAACCUGGUGGACUGCUCCAGCAAGCCCAAGUACGGAAACAAGGGCUGCAACGGCGGUUUCAUGUCCGCGGCGUUCCAGUACGUGAUUGACAACCAAGGCAUCGACUCGGACGCCUCGUACCCUUACAAGGGUGUGCAAGGAGAUUGCAACUACCGCCCUGAGCAGCGGGCCGCCAACUGCUCGAGCUUCGGCUUUGUGCCCGAGGACAGUGAGGAGGCCCUGAAGGAGGCGGUAGCCAACAUCGGCCCCGUGUCCGUCGCCAUCGACGCCACGCGCCCUCACUUCAUCUUCUUCCGCAGCGGGGUGUACAAUGACCCCUCAUGCACCCAGAAGGUGAACCAUGGCGUGCUGGCAGUGGGCUAUGGCACUAUGGAUGGACAGGAUUAUUGGCUGGUGAAAAACAGCUGGGGUGCUGGUUUUGGAGACCAGGGCUACAUUCGAAUGGCCCGAAACAAGAACAACCAGUGUGGCAUUGCAAAAUACGCCUGUUACCCAUUAAUGUGAUCAAGCAGCCCAAUGGAACUCAUGAAAGGGAUCUUUUUGAUGGGAAUGUAUUUUUUUAAGGGAAAACAAUUACCAAUUUUUUUUUUAACUGAUUUGAACAUAUUAUUUCUACUGUAAUAAUUGUACAAUAUUAUACUGUAGUAUGCAUACUGUUCACUUUAAUGCUUAUGAAUAAUUUGGAAAUUAAGUUGUUGGGGAAAAGUAGUCUACAUAACUACUCUUCUUUAGGAGGUGAGGGCUAUCUGUUUGGAGGAAGUAUUAAGGGACGCAUCUGAGUCAUUCACCAGCGUCUUUGUUAGGCGAGGUCUUUUAAGAUAAUGUUAUCAGAGGCCAUUGAGCGAGUUGUUUUGAGGAACUGUCUUAACCUAGUAAACUAAACCAGGCUGUGUUGAUCUAGCCUUGCACCAUAGGGGAUAAACAUACAUAGUUGGAAUCAGGCCUGGCUCCGUCCUCCUUACUCAUAAUGCUCUGUCUAGUUUUUAAAUCUGUGUAGCAAGUCAUUAGAAUGGGCUUAGUUAGGACUGUGAGUUUGCCUAUGGUGCGAGUCCAGACUGUACAUUUCAUGUUAUAGUCUGACUUGACAGGCUUGGACUGUCUUGCACAUCAUGAAUCAUUUUGUAUUUUUUUAAGAUGAAUAGUAUUUUACUUUACAUAAAGUGAGAGUGACCUGUUUAAAAAAAAACAUAUGAAUUUCAAUUAAAGUUAUUUCUUUUACGCA